AGCUUCGCUUCAAGACAACCUACCAUUCCUGUUAUGGAUAUGAUUACUGGCAAUGCAGCUCUGGACAGUGUGGAAAUGAUGUCAGUACUGUGAUUGGUAAAGUAGAUUCAAGUCCAAAUGGCGGCAGCUGGUGUCAGUCUGAGGGCGUGAUAACAAAGAUGGUUUCCACAAACAGCCCAUUCCAGCUCCUCAAAAGCGGUUGCUGCUGGAUCUACAACACAGUCACAGAUUCUGGAGACUGGAGUCUUCUCACUUACAUUGACCUUGGUGUGAGAUCGGACACCUCAGAGCCCAACCGAUCACCAAUAUCCACCACCUUACCAUUUGUCAGAGUUCCUCAGAACUGUCCCAGGAGGUACAAUCUUUUAGCCUUUGAUCCUGAUGGUGACCAUGUCACAUGCAGAUUUGGACUCAGACAAAACCAGGAGUGCGGAAUCUGCAACCAGCCUGCUGGUUUUACGUUGAAUGAGCAUAACUGUUCUCUGUCAUAUUCACACACAUCGUUCCGUGGAGUUUAUUCUUUUGAGCUGGUGCUGGAGGAUUUCCCCGUUCGCAAGAUUACUCUGUCCUACACCAACCAACCUUCAAAGGAAACAUUUCCAAUCAGUUUCAUCAGAAACCGACGUUCUGCUUAUUAUUAUGGAACAACCAUAAAGACACCUACAUCAACAACUGAGUCGACCAAAUCAACAGCUGAGUCAACCACAACAACAACUGAGUCUACCACUAUCACACCUACAACAAAUUAUCCAACCACAACAACAACUAAGUCAACAACAACUGAUCCAACCACAACAACUGAGUUGACCACAACAACAACUGAGUCUACCACUAUAGCACCUACAACAAAUUAUCCAACCACAACAACAAUUGAGUCAACUACAACAACAACUGAUCCAACCACAACAAAUGAUCCAACCACAACAACAAUUGAGUCAACUACAACAACAACUGAUCCAACCACAACAACUGAGUCAACCACAUCAACAACUGAGUCAACCACAUCAACAACUGAUCCAACCACAACAACUGAGUCAACCACAUCAACAACUGAUCCAACCACAACAACUGAGUCAACCACAUCAACAACUGAGUCAACCACAUCAACAACUGAGUCGACCACAUCAACAACUGAUCCAACCACAACAACUGAGUCAACCACAUCAACAACUGAGUCAACCACAUCAACAACUGAUCCAACCACAACAACUGAGUCAACCACAUCAACAACUGAUCCAACCACAACAACUGAGUCAACCACAUCAACAACUGAGUCAACCACAUCAACAACUGAGUCAACCACAUCAACAACUGAUCCAACCACAACAACUGAGUCAACCACAUCAACCAACUGA